GAAAAUCUGGUCACCUUAGGUUUACCAUAAGUUUGUAUCUAUUGUGUGCUCGUAUGUUGUGGUUGAAUCUGAAGUAUGUUACCUCCCCGGGAUCGCAACCACUGCUUCUUCUUUUGUUUCCAUUUGCCAAGACAAAACAACUCACAGCCCAAAGUCCUGAGGUUACAAAGUUACACAGAUUCUACACCUCCGUGCCAUUUUCGGUCAACGGCAACCUCUUCUUCCCACCCCCACGCAGGGCUUGAUCCUCCAUUUCCGCUGAACGCUCGGAACUCUGAAGAGAUGAAGCUCCACCCCCUAUUUUUUUAAAAUCCUUAAUCGAUGUUUUCGGUUUUCCGGAGCAUUUCCUGGCUCUCUUUACCGAGGUUUGAUCAGCACGGCCUGGCGCCACGGCUGCCGAGCUGUCGCUCCUGGCCGGUUGAUGUUCUCAGCGACCCCGACAGUGUUUUUGCGGUUCCAUCUUUGCUAUUGCGUUGAAAGCCUCGGCAUUCGUGGCGUAGAAGGAGCAUCGAAGGUUGAAGCUCGCUCGCUCGCUCGCUUCUCUUCAGUCGCCCAUUAGAGAGAGACAGAGAGAGAGAGAGAGGCGCCGCCGCGGACCCGGCAGCCGCCAUGAACACCGAAGAUGAAAUCAUCCGCAUCGCUAAGAAGAUGGACAAGAUGGUGCAGAAGAAGAACGCGGCUGGGGCUCUUGACUUACUCAAGGAACUUAAGAAUAUAUCCAUGACACUGGAACUGUUACAGUCUACAAGAAUUGGAAUGUCUGUGAAUGCAAUUCGGAAACAAAGUACAGAUGAAGAAGUUACAUCUCUAGCAAAAUCUCUCAUUAAAUCAUGGAAGAAAUUGUUAGAUGGACCAUCAAAUGACAAAGAAUCUGAAGACAAGAAAAAAGAAUCAGCAUCAUCGUCACAAAAUAGUCCUGAAGCAAGGGAAGAAAGCAGUUCCAGUAGCAAUUCAAACAGCAAGAAAGAGGAUUCUAACAUUUCAUCAGACACAUAUAUCUCUUCUUUUCCCCGGGCUCCAAACACAUCUGAUUCUGUACGGAUGAAAUGCAGAGAAAUGUUGGCAGCAGCUCUUAAAACAGGGGAUGAUUAUAUUGCUAUUGGUGCUGAUGAUGAAGAACUAGGUUCUCAGAUUGAAGAAGCUAUAUUUCAGGAGCUAAAAAAUACUGACAUGAAAUAUAAAAAUAGAGUGCGCAGCAGAAUAGCAAAUCUUAAAGAUACAAAAAAUCCUAAUUUAAGAAAAAAUGUUUUAUGUGGAAAUAUACCUCCUGAUAGAUUUGCUAAAAUGUCAGCAGAGGAGAUGGCAAGUGAUGAACUGAAAGAAAUGAGGAAGAAUCUUACCAAAGAAGCUAUAAGAGAGCACCAGAUGGCUAAAACAGGAGGAACACAGACUGAUCUAUUUACCUGUGGUAAAUGUAAAAAGAAGAACUGUACUUACACCCAGGUUCAGACCAGAAGUGCCGAUGAACCUAUGACAACAUUUGUUGUAUGCAAUGAAUGUGGAAACAGAUGGAAGUUCUGCUAGAAGAAGAAAUUGUUGGACCAGUUAUAAUUUUAUAAAUAGCUUUAAGAACUAGGUAAAGCCUAUUACUUGCAGAGAUGUUUUUGUUUGUUUGCUUCCUUUUAAGCAGAUAAUUCUGAAGUUAGAUUUUGUUUUUGACAUGACCAUCCCUGUAGUUAAUAGUCAGAGCCAGGAUGCUUAGUUGUAUGGUGUAAUAUUUUUUCCAUUUUUAUAAGCAACUCUAUAUUAAACUUUUAUCAAUGAAA